AGGCUUCCCGGCUCCUUUCUUUCUGGUCUAUCUGGAGCAGCCUUCAGAGCUGGUCGGUUUCUCAUCCAGCCCAUGCAAACAGAGACGGCUUGACAGAGGUUGGAAUAGUUGGAAAUCUUAUUACAUACAACAUGCUUCGAUUAAGUCUCCCACCCAAUGUUUCAAUGGGAUUUCGUCUGGUAGCUCUGGUGGCUCUCUUGUUUUCUCAUGUUGACCAUAUAACUGCAGAUACAGAGGCAGAAACGGGAGGAAAUGAAACCACUGAAUGUACUGGCUCAUAUUACUGUAAGAAAGGGGUAAUCUUGCCCAUUUGGGAACCCCAAGAUCCAUCUUUUGGGGACAAAAUUGCUAGAGCAACUGUGUAUUUUGUGGCCAUGGUCUACAUGUUCCUUGGAGUUUCUAUUAUUGCAGACCGGUUUAUGUCCUCUAUAGAAGUCAUCACCUCUCAAGAAAAAGAAAUAACGAUAAAGAAACCGAAUGGAGAGACCACCAAGACUACGGUGAGAAUUUGGAAUGAGACUGUGUCGAACCUGACCUUGAUGGCCCUGGGAUCUUCUGCUCCUGAGAUUCUCCUGUCAGUCAUUGAAGUGUGUGGCCAUAACUUCACGGCAGGGGACCUGGGUCCCAGCACCAUCGUGGGAAGUGCUGCCUUUAACAUGUUCAUCAUAAUUGCACUCUGUGUUUAUGUGGUCCCUGAUGGAGAGACGAGGAAGAUCAAGCAUCUGCGCGUGUUCUUUGUGACUGCAGCCUGGAGCAUCUUUGCCUAUACCUGGCUUUAUAUAAUCUUGUCUGUCAGCUCUCCUGGUGUUGUGGAGGUCUGGGAAGGCUUGCUUACUUUCUUCUUCUUUCCCAUCUGCGUUGUGUUCGCUUGGGUAGCAGACAGGCGGCUUCUCUUCUACAAGUAUGUCUACAAGCGGUAUAGGGCCGGCAAGCAGAGGGGGAUGAUCAUUGAACAUGAAGGAGACAGACCAGCUUCCAAAACGGAAAUCGAAAUGGAUGGGAAAGUGGUCAACUCUCAUGUUGACAACUUCUUAGAUGGCGCUCUGGUUUUGGAAGUUGAUGAGAGGGAUCAAGAUGAUGAGGAAGCCAGGCGUGAGAUGGCAAGGAUUCUGAAAGAGCUUAAGCAGAAGCAUCCUGAGAAAGAAAUAGAGCAACUAAUAGAAUUAGCCAACUAUCAGGUCCUAAGUCAGCAGCAGAAAAGCCGAGCAUUUUACAGGAUCCAAGCUACUCGCCUGAUGACUGGAGCUGGCAACAUCUUGAAGAGGCAUGCAGCUGACCAAGCAAGGAAGGCUGUCAGCAUGCACGAAGUCAACAUGGACAUGGCUGAAAAUGACCCAGUCAGUAAGGUCUUCUUUGAGCAAGGAACAUACCAGUGUCUAGAGAACUGUGGUACUGUGGCCCUCACCAUCAUGCGUAGAGGGGGUGACUUGAACAACACUGUGUUUGUUGACUUCAGGACAGAAGACGGCACAGCCAAUGCGGGGUCUGACUAUGAGUUUACAGAAGGGACUGUGAUCUUCAAACCAGGGGAGACCCAGAAGGAAAUCAGAGUUGGCAUCAUUGAUGAUGAUAUCUUUGAAGAAGAUGAAAACUUCCUUGUGCAUCUUAGCAAUGUCAGAGUCUCUUUGGAAGUUUCAGAAGAUGGCAUACUAGAAUCCAAUCAUGCAUCUGCAAUUGCUUGUCUUGGGUCACCCAACACUGCCACCAUAACCAUUUUUGAUGAUGACCAUGCAGGCAUCUUUACAUUUGAGGAACCCGUGACUCACGUGAGCGAGAGCAUUGGCAUCAUGGAGGUGAAGGUGUUGAGAACCUCUGGAGCGCGAGGAAAUGUUAUCAUUCCUUAUAAAACUAUCGAAGGCACGGCCCGAGGUGGCGGGGAGGACUUCGAGGACACCUGUGGAGAGCUCGAAUUCCAGAACGAUGAAAUAGUCAAAACAAUAUCAGUCAAGGUAAUCGAUGACGAGGAGUAUGAGAAAAACAAGACCUUCUUCAUUGAGAUUGGAGAGCCCCGUCUGGUGGAGAUGAGUGAGAAGAAAGGUGGCUUCACAUUAACAGGCCAACCUAUCUUCAGGAAGGUUCAUGCUAGAGAUCAUCCGAUUCCCUCCACUGUAAUCACCAUCUCAGAGGAAUAUGAUGACAAGCAGCCACUGACCAGCAAAGAAGAAGAGGAGAGGCGCAUUGCGGAAAUGGGGCGCCCCAUCCUAGGCGAGCACACCAAGCUGGAGGUGAUCAUCGAAGAGUCCUACGAAUUCAAGAGCACUGUGGACAAACUCAUUAAGAAGACGAACCUGGCCCUUGUGGUGGGGACCAACAGCUGGAGAGAGCAGUUUAUUGAAGCCAUCACUGUCAGCGCUGGAGAAGAUGACGAUGAUGAUGAAUGUGGGGAGGAAAAGCUGCCCUCCUGUUUUGAUUACGUGAUGCACUUUCUCACAGUGUUCUGGAAGGUUCUGUUUGCCUUCGUCCCACCUACAGAAUACUGGAAUGGCUGGGCCUGCUUCAUUGUCUCCAUCCUCAUGAUCGGCCUACUGACAGCCUUCAUUGGAGAUCUGGCUUCCCACUUUGGCUGCACCAUUGGUCUGAAAGAUUCCGUGACUGCAGUUGUGUUUGUCGCUCUUGGAACCUCAGUGCCAGACACAUUUGCCAGCAAAGUAGCAGCUACCCAGGAUCAGUAUGCAGAUGCAUCUAUAGGCAAUGUCACUGGAAGCAACGCUGUGAAUGUCUUCCUGGGAAUCGGCGUGGCCUGGUCCAUUGCUGCCAUCUACCAUGCGGCCAACGGGGAACAGUUCAAAGUGUCCCCCGGCACGCUAGCUUUCUCUGUCACUCUCUUCACUAUUUUUGCUUUCAUCAACGUGGGGGUGCUGCUGUAUCGGCGGAGGCCAGAAAUAGGAGGUGAGCUGGGAGGGCCCCGGACUGCCAAGCUCCUCACAUCUUCCCUGUUUGUGCUCCUGUGGCUCUUGUACAUUUUCUUCUCCUCCCUGGAAGCCUACUGCCACAUAAAAGGCUUCUAAAGGAACAAUCAGAUAUAGUAAAUUUAUAUAUAUAUGUACACAUAUAUAUAUACAUAAAAAUUAUGUAUAAUGAACAGAGGAAACUGACAUUUGUCAUGUUCACUUAACCCACUGAUGGAAUCCAGCUUCAAGAACAUCUGUACUAGGCCGGAAGUCAGAAACCAUCAUCUCCCAUUCCCGGGCAUCAUCAAGUUGAACAGGCAUGGAGGCAGGGUCAUCUUGCAGCUCGUCCUAGAAGAGCUAUGCUCUCUCCGAGUUCAUAAAUGGUUAAGGCUUCUCUUUGUUUUCUUGUUUUGUUUUUGUUCUGUUUCCUGUGGUGGGGGAGGGCAGGGUCAUGGGUGGUGGGGGAGGGCAGGGUCAUGGGUGGCUGAUGUUUGGUUUUUGCUUUGGCACUGCUUUGUUUUGUUUAGAGGGCCAAGAUCCUAUUUCUCCUUAUAGAAAGUGGUGAUCCACCCAAAGGUGAGUGGAUGUGGGAUCAAUAUUAAAAUCAUUAAGACUCUCGCCUCACCUCCUCCAAACACUUUAAACAUUACUUUGGAUUAAGGAAGGAUCUGGGCAUGGAAGAAGAAAAACACACAUCUUCCCUAUAUUACCAAAUUGUAUGCUUAUCUCCGGACUGUGAACAGUGGUGAGCUGCCUCCAGGAAGAAGCACGGGAGCUGAAAAGGAGCCAGGAAAAGCAAUGGUUCUAGCUGUAGUCUAAGGAUGUGGUGUCUGGCACUCUUGCUCAACAGGGACAGCGAUAAUGUGCCUAGAUCCCCAGGAACUCGUAGAACUCUUCAUCCCUUAUCUCUAGCUCUGAACUGUGAUUAGCAAGACCCUUACUCCUUCCAGCCCAGCCUGUUCCCCGGGUUUUCCAGCCCAGACCUCCUCCCGCCCUCCACCCAGCCCCUGCAAGCAGGAAGAUUAACCCCACCCCACCCCCAAAGCCCUACCAUUUCAGUCAUCACAUGUGUCCAGGUCCCACGUUGCUCUUGCCUGGGAUUUUUCCAUCAGUUUUAUUUUCAGUGGCAUCCAUGGCUUGCACAAUCCUGUUCCAGUCAUGACUGAACAUUUGCCCCUCCUUCAUGUGCCUGUUUGGGACUGUUGUCAUGAUCCCCAUUACACAGUGCAUGGACGAAAAACAAAUAAAAACCAAGCGUAUCUGUAUAUAGUAGAGUAUAGCAAAUACUGUCCUCCCAUUCAGCGAGGUUGAUUGGACAUUGAAGACAUAAGUGAGUUUUCUUUUCACCUGAGUUGUUCCUUUUGAGUUGUGACUGAGUUUGGAUAUUAGUAGGGAUAAAAGAAGAAAAUGGCUUAUUGUUCAUGAAUCUGCACGCUCAUUACUAAGAAGCAAUAACUAUCGUGUGAAAAGAGAUUCAAGUUGAGAGGGUAGCAGGCACACUACAAGAUGUCUUUGAAAUAGUUGCCAUGGAGAGCACAUCAGAGGUCUCUGAGAAUCACCCAUUAAUUCAGGUAGACUGAGAAGAAAGGCUGGGGAGACAAGUGGAUACUUUGGCUGUGCCUGGAUUUUUACAGCCACCAUUUCCACACCACCCCUCCCCCAACAUAUUUAUUGCACAUCUGCUCUGUCUGGCACAGAUGAUGGAUAGUGCUAGUUGAUUUUUUUUUUUUUUAAUGGAGAAAGCUGUUUUGAGCCCUGUUUUGUUCACCUCUCAGUCCAGACUCCCUGAAUUUCUUAUCAACUCCUGAGUGGAGGUCUGAGUGACCAGUGGGACUUUAGAGGUCCACUGGGUAUGACUAAGAGUAAGUUACUCAAAGAGACUGGGAGUAACCUUUGCAAGGAAUGACUCUUUCCAUUCAAAAAUACCAAAGAGCAGAGAUAAACCCAACAUUCCAAAAGCUGUGAUUCUACUAAUGGGAAAUGGGAUGGCUUGGCCCAUCUCUUAGACAUUUCUCUGAGCCUUUCUGGCCCUCUGCAUUAACUCCAGAUACUUAAGAAAUAAAUGUAGCUGAGGACUCCUUUCCCUUCUUCCACUCAGUGAUCAUAACCAUUCAUUGUUUAACCAACAUUUAGUGACUGAGUGAAUAGAGACUUGUCGCCCAUUCAAUAGGCCAGGUAAUGCUACGACUUGGGAGCAGAACAGUGACCAAGACGACCCAAAUUCCUGCUCCCAAGGGAUAUGUAGUGAGUGGGAUUCCUACUCAAAGAGUAAGAGUUGACACUGAGACAGUUUUUAAUCUUGGAAGAGAAAAAGAAUUGUGACUUUUAACAUAGGCACAUUAAAAUUGCACAACAAAGGCAGUUGACCAAAUGCUCAUGUUUUGUUUUUCCUAAAAGAAUGUAAUUUUUAGCUCUGGAAAAGUACUCUUUAUAGCCUUGGCCAACUCGCAGGUAUUUUUAUCUUCCUAACUUAGGCCAAGCAGGGCACUAUGGUGGUGACCGAUAUCACUGAGAAGACCUAAUUAGCCAGUUUUUAGUCUCUGCGGCAAUGGUACCUUUCCAUCACAACUCCACAGGCCACCAACAGGGGUGACAGUGGGGACUUCUCAGUGGAGUCCUCUAAGCCAUCCUGUUUUGAUUUUUUUUUAUCUUAAUUUUAGAUUUUAAAAGUGGAAAGCUAGCCUAGAGAUACCCAGUAAAUCUAGUCAAAGGAUCUAUGUGGUUAAAAACCUUAGAAAGAUUUUGCACUGGUUUUUGUUUAGUUCUGUUUUGUUUCGUUUUUAAGCCAUCUUUGGAAUGUCAAUAAUUCUGUAGUGAAUUUUCACAGAGAACUUCCCAAGAAUGUCUUGCUGUUGGUCAGUUUCAAGUUCAAGCUUUUUGGUUUGUUUGCCUUUUCAGUCUUCAUGCUGUAGGGAAAAUCUGAUUCUGGAUCUUCAGGGUUCUUAAUUAUUAUAUGUAAAUGAUUUCAUUUUAUUUGUUUGAUUAUUUUUAUUUUGUGUGUAUUGUGCACGGCUUUAGGGGGACAGGCACACUCGGUGCUGUUCCCAACAAUUGGUACACAUAAUUGACACAGGAAAAAAAAAAACAAUAAAGUUUCUAACUGUUUGUGAUUUCAUCACCUGUGGCACAGCAUGUUCUGUACUGUGGAAUGUCCCCUCUCCUCACUGUCACCUACUUCAUUUUCGGUUGUUUGUUUUCAUGCUCUGAAGAAAUAAAGACCAAAAAGGUAUCCUUGUGCAAUCGGUAUCCUUAUCUAUGGGAAAGGAGACAGCCACAAUCCAAAUCCAUAUAAAUGUCAGCCCUUCGCUCAUGCCAUGCUUAAAUGGCCCACGAGCAGCAUGUGCAGUCGGAAUGUUUGUCUGCCGUGUGAUGCUGUGAUAAACUUUGGGUGUACCUUCUUUUCACCACUUUUCCACUUUUUAAUUUAACUCAUUCUUCUUGCUUUCUGGACCCAAGCACAUGAACUCACAAGCUAUUACUUGUUGAACAACUUUCAUCACACAGCGCAUCGUAGUAAACCAUGCCACCCAUGGCACUGGUUUUUGGAAGUAUAGUUAAUUCCCAAGGGACAAGCAAAUUGCUCACUUAGUAUCAUACAUUGUAUUUCUUCUUAUUCCUAGAACAACUUCUUUAUGUUGAUAGUUUCUGAUUCUAUGAAUUGUAUAAGUCACUGACUUUCAUAUCUCAUGCAAUCAAAAGUACACAGAAAGAGGUGACAGCAGACAUAGAAUAAGAAUUGUGGGGAGGAGCACCUGCCUUCUUGGUCUGGUAGAAUCUGGACACUAGGUACAUGCAAAUCACUCUUUGUUUAUCUGAGCAUCUUAAAGUUUCCCACAGGCCCUUUCAUCACAGCAUCAUGUUGGCAUGUGUGGCACACUUUCAAGGGUGAAAAAAAAAAAACGAGGGACAACUCAAACACACUUCUUGAAUCAAAGAAUUGAUAUGUCUCCUGAAUAUUGAUCUUUAAUUUCACAUAAAAUUGGCGGGCUGAGUUUGCUUCUUGAAUAAAGACCAAACUGAGUAUUGUAGUAAGGAUCCCGGACCACUUAGUAGACCUCAGCAAAAUUCUUUGACUGACUGACUCUCAAGUGCUUAGGAGCAAACAUUAGUUUGUUGACGGAUUCUGAUUCGAUCCUUCCAGCCAUGAAGAUUUCCUUGCUUUCUCUAUAUAACAUAUAUAUAGUUUAUGACAUUUGGGUUGUCAUUAUUUUUCAAAUAUAAGAUUAACGUACAAUUAUACUGUUCAGAACAAGCCUGCAGAGAUGGAUAGGUGGCUUGCAACUGAUGAGCAUCCCCAUCCCAGGAAGUGAUCUCAAAGCAAAUAGAAACAUGUUGUUUCCACUGCCAUUUGUAACCAGACAUCCUCCACUAGAAACUCUAUGCUCACACAUUCCUGGUUUUAAUAUAAAUAAAUAAAUAAAUAAAUAAAUAAAUAAAUAAAUAAAUAAAUAAAUAAAAUAAAUGAAGGAAGGAAGGAAGAAAGGAAGGAAGGAAGGAAGGAAGGAAGGAAGGAAGGAAGGAAGGAAGUGAGAGGAUCUAGUUUGCUCUUACAUCUGAGAGCCUUGUAGAAAAAAUGAGAGAAUUUUCUCUGAGAGACGAUGAAGCUCCUCUUUUCUGAAGCAGAUCAGCUUCAUUAAGACUUCUUUUGGUUUUUCUGAGUUGAAAAUGUGGAAUCUCUCUCGAUUUUGAUUUUCCUUUUCUGACGUUUGGCAACUAUAGCCAUAGCAAGCCCUACUUGUACUUUCAUGACUUUAGGAACAUUGGGUGAUUUCACCAUUGACAAUAUACAAUCCAUUCUAACUUACAAGUAGCAUCCAGCCGUCCUUACAAGAAUCAUGUCUGUUGGCCAAGGCAUUCUAAGCAUGUGACUAUUGGUUGGGAAAUUAGUGGCAUGACACAUAGAAGAGACCUGCAAAAUCACAUUUAUCAUACUGGGGAUAUGUGUCCUUGUGGAUAGAUUUGGAAUGUGUACUCAGGCUUCCCUACAGAUUUUGUUUUAUAACUGAUUAGGGAUUUUGCUAUUCUUUUCAAACACUAGUAUUGCUGUAACUAUUAUUGUCACACAUUCUAGCAUAUUUCAAAGGAUUGGGUUGAAUACGGCUGAUGGUACUAUACUAAUACUGCUCCAGGGAUACCCUGGUAUUGCCUCAGCAAUAGGGGGAAGCUUACUCUAUAAGGAAUUGCUUGGGAAUUUUUCUUCUAGAAGCAAACUUGUUAUAGAAAAAUCAAAUACGUUGACAUUUCACAGACCCUUGUGUUAUCUCUACAAAUAGAGGCAGACUUUAGGACAGUGUCAUCUCUACAAAUGCCUGAGGUAUAUAUUACUAUUUUAUUGAUUUUAAUCUCUCUUGAGGGCGUAUUUAUCUUGCCCCUGUGUCCAUUCCCUAGCCUAUUCUAUCAAUAUAUGUAGGUACAGAGUGGAAAAGAAUAAUAUAUAUGUCCUCAAGCCCCAUGAGAGUGUCUCUAAAGCUGUCAUAUGUAAAAACAGAAUAAUGCAUAUGACUCUAAGAAACAUGAGUGGGUCAAGUGCUCACUGGAUACUAUGUUUCAGGUAUGGAAUGGGUAGGAAAAUUCACAUUAGUGACCAAAUAAACCAAGAAAUAAAUUAGAAAACUUCAGAGUUGCUGGAUCAGUUUUGAUUGUUAAUUCACAAAGCCAGACCCUAGUGGUCAGUGUGAUACAUAAUUUCAGGUAUGCUCGGCCAAAUCUAAAACUAUAUUGGAGGAAGUGAAAGCUGAUUAUUAGGAUGGUUGCAUAGCCCUCUCUACUGGGACUCCUUGCCAGUGAGCUUAUAAUUUACGGAACUUUUUCUUAGAGUCCCUUGAAGACACAUGAUAGAGGACCUCAAAUCUGCAAGGAGAUCUUUCCUAAAGUGUGAUUCUUGGUUUGUAAUGCUCCAACAUCUAUUGUCAAGAACAUAAUCCUGAAUUUUCUUCCAAGUGGGAGGAUUUCUCUUAUUAUUAAAUGUAUUAAAUUAAACCAAACAUGUAACUGCUUCACAAAAAUAUUUUACCUAAGAAAUAAACUGGAUGGUAUAAAUAUCCAUGAUAAAAAUCAUACCAUCUUAAUAGUUGCUUUUGUGAAAAAUUAUACUCUUUGGGAAUCUUUCUCUACAUUUCUAAAUCCAUUUUAGCAAACAUUAUACUUGAAAAAUAUCCCAAAGAAAAAUCUUGGGAGCUUUUUAUACUGCAUUGCAAUAAUGCACAGAGAAGAAACUUGUAUGGUUAUGAUAAUGAUGUGGAUGAGAAUUAUCUACACUGUUGACAAGAUUAUAUUCUUAAAUGAAAUAGUUUGGCACAAAGAGAAUGUGUUAAGUAGGAUUUCAUCAUGUAUUGCUCUUGUUAAUGAUAUUUGAAAGUCAUUACCUGUAAGAAAAAUUCCCAUUUUCCUGAGACAACUGUAUAAUUUAAUCUCAUUCUCAGGUUUGACAUGAAAAUCUAAGCUGGGUAUAUAUAAUUUUGACUUAAACAACCAAAGAAAAAUGUGUUUGGCAUACUUUCCACACCAUUGAAUUAUUUUAAAGAAUACAUUAGGUCUGUGCAGAUGUCUCAUAAAAUAUUUUUUAUAAUUUCCUUCCACUUUUAAAUGUACAAUUUUAAAUUACUCAACUUGGUACCUUAAUACUUUUCCAUUUUAAAGGAUGACUCCAUUUUGAUAUUGUUACUAAUAUUUUAGGACUAAUUAUAAUUUGAGUCAAUACACAGGAGGGGGUAUUGGACUUGAGUCUAGACCCAUAACCACAUGGUCCAGACAGAUCUACCAGUGGCUAAGUGUUUUUAGAUGAACCAGCCUUACACAAUAUAGCAACAUGAAUAUUAGUUUUAGUCUUUUUUUUCUUCAAAGGUUCACAUUUUAAGCAGUGUAAUAACAACUUUAGAAAAGUUGGAUUACCAGUGGCAAGAUUCUUUUUCUUGGAAUUGUUUCAUUAUUUCAACACACUUGUUCUCCUCUACCUUAUUUCUCCCAUACCACAGGGCUAUGUAUAUUAAAAACAAAAAUACAUUUUACAUUUUGAAUAACCUAAAUUGUAUUCUGCAUAUUGCCCAAAAAUUCAUGUCAAGUUAAUUUUCUUUCAUAAAUGAAACAAAGUACAAAGAAGGAGUCUUAUUCUUCAGGUAAAUGUACACAGUUGUUUGAGAAUUGUUUGGAAAACAGGUAUCCUUCCCAAAAUAGAAGCAAAUAUCUUAAAGAAAGAAAUUCAUUUUUAUUCCUUUUGUUUGCUUAACAAGUGUUUUAGACAGGAAGUCGUUAGGGUUAAUUUGAUUCCUUCUGCUGCCUUUGAUUGUGAGCAUUGAAAACAGUUCUUGCUGGGGGUGGGGGUGGGGGAAUAAUCUGGUCAAGGUCAACUCUGGAAGUUAAUAGAAUGAGAUUUUGUAUUUUUCCCUUGAGAGAUGGUACCAAGCUGACAAGCAACCAUGUACCAGUUAACAUUUUCUAGAAAUGUAUUUUGGCAUGUUGGGAGAAAAGCGGGGAGGGAAUCCUCACCCAAUUGUCGGCUGAUAUCUCAUCACCCAACACUCAGCCUAUGAAUCUUUCACUAGUUCUUGUUAAGGUCAGACAUUCCCAAAAGAGCCCAUCUCCAUCUUUCAUAUGUGUUAAUUAUCUUGUCUCUGGCAUUUCUUCUCCAAAAUCCUACUAACAAGCAAACUAGCCUGGCCAGCCAGUUGCCUAUGACACUUCUCCAUGGUGUGCUCUCAGAGCAAGGGAUGUAGCUAAACAGGUGCAAAACCUUUGGAAUUUAUUUAUAAUUGCUAUCAUCGGAUUCUCAGAAACAUUUGUCUUUGAAAUUUCUGUCCGAAGCUCUGAGAACAGAGAGCUCUAAGAACAGAGUCCCUGCUGUCAUCAGCAUCUUAUAGGAACUUUAAAACUCCAGUGGUUGCAUCAUUAGUAAAAUGAAAAUAAAAUUGCUUUAUUACUACUCAGGAUUCACUCAUUGGUGUUCAGAACUUCUACUAACCAACAUCACAGGAUUGACAAAGAAUCAGAAAUAAGCCAAAGAGGCAUAAAAUUGCCUCAUUAUUAUUGAAGUUCUUUCUACUGACUACUACUACUACAAUAACUACUAACUACUACUAAUUACUAAGUAACUGCUACUAACUACUGGCCUUCAUCCAGGAUCACUCACUGACUUUCCAUUCUGUUCAGACUUUUAAAAAAAAUAAGAAGAAUUCAGUCAAGCCAGUAGAAAAGUUUCAAAAUCAGAAUUUCAUAAACUUCAAGCAUUUAUUUUGCUAAAAUGUUCUGUUAAUUAUCAAAAAGUAAUGAUGACUUAAGAAACUUAAGACUGGCCCUGGAUUUAAUAUGAUUCCAAUUACAGUCUCCUAAUUAAAUUAACCUUUCAUUUUGGUCUAAGGAUAUUUUAUUCAUGUGACUCUUUAAUGGGGUCAUUCUGAAACUGAUCAAAGAACUUCCCUUUAAGAAUGGUUGUAUUAACUCCACAUUCAGUAUUUCACCAUCAAGAUGAAUGGAUUCAGGCUCAACUAGCACAUCACAGUCUUCUAUGAGCCAGUCUCUAUGUGAGGGAGAUACCUGGUUUGCUAGCUAACAUUUCACAUUGCGGAAUUUGCAUCAUUUACCUUACCAUUGUUGAAGUUCUGUCUACUGACUACUACUACUAACUACUAAGUAACUGCCACUAACUACUAACACUGAAUGUUCUUGACUUGGAGGCACCUGGCUGUUCUCUGAGCUAAAAUUUCAGAGCCCUCAUCAACUGACAGCACCUAGAGAAGGGGACCAUAGCUUCUCUCUCUGAGCACACAGUGCUCUCUCCAUUUGAAUGUCUAGUUGUCAUCAGAGAGGCGACUCAAAGGCUUUCUUUUUGGAAAGGUAGAUCUUUUUGCUUCAGAAGGUCAUGAAUCUUCAGUUCACUCUGGAUCUCUGGAUUUGAAUCUUCUCAUUGCUAUUUGAGAGAUGAUCCAUACCUUUAUGUCGUUUUGUUGUUGUUGUUGUUGUUGUUGUUUUUUCUGAAACACAUCAAGCCCCCAUGAUGGGGCUUCUCAUUUCCUUCCACUUGUAGGCGUGAGCUGAGGAAGCUGUAUAUGGUCAAGCAGUUGUUCCUCAUCAUUUCAUUAUCAGAACAAAUGUUAAACCAAUCAAGCCACAUGCACCUGGGAGGAACUAAAAUUUUAUUUUAAAGUAAUUACUGUACAUCACUGAGGGUGGGACUCUUUUCCCUAAAGAGAGAGAGUAGAAAAUUUCCCCCAUGUGAAAAGCAUUCAAAAGAGUAGAAAGGAUUUCAACUCAGUGACCUUGUUAAGGCCACAACCAUUCUUCUUCCAAGGAUGACCUUUCAAAUUCAUUUUUGUUUUCUCAUUUCUUAAGCUUACCAUCAGAUAGGAGAAAGAGAAUGCCAGUACUGGUUUCUACUCAACUAUAUGAAUUAUAAAUUAUAUAGUGGCCAGCCCCCCCACCUCACCCAGUUUAUCUAAAGGUACAGGUAUUAUAAAGGAGAACAGAAGCAGGAAGCCAUUUGCUACAGAUUCAAUUGUCUUUUAAAGAGCCUCUUUGUUAUAGAGAAAUGACUAUCCCAAAAGAUGUCACAAAAAUACUUCUUAAAUCAUACUUGGAGCAAAUACCAGAAAGGCCUUGGCCAGAAUGCUUUAUUACUGAUCUGAAAUUGCACAUAAAACACAGAACAUACACACUUUUUCACAAGGAAAGGAAGAUUAAAAACCAGAUAAACAAAAAACAGAGACAAAUAAACAAACAAACAAAAAACAAAUGGAGCUCUGCUUAUGUAAACAAAGACUAUUUCUGUGGCGUGAAUGUAAGCUUUCUCUUGAAGGAAUCCGAAAUUGGAAUGUCUUAAGAAAUGACAAAACUAUUUCAACAUAAUGGGAAGCACACAUCCAGCUCUAUUAGUCCUGAGCCACAGAGCCAAAUUUGUGUGGGGGAAAAGGGUAAGUAAACAUCACUGACAUGUCGCAACAGAUAAAGUGGCUUUGUGAGAGAAAUAAUUUAAACAGAUAAUAUUUUUCUUAUGCUAUAACAAUUCUAUGGUUGAGUCUCGGGGACAAAAAAAAAUUCUUCCUUUUCUCAUGAUUUCUUUCCAUCUAGAGCUGGCUGUGGAGCUGCAGUAAAUGCAUCCCAUUUUUACACUGCAAUGAUUUCUUUGUGUGGAAUCUGAUCCCUAGUUCAGAUUUCAUUAGGAAAUAGUAAAUUGGAACCAAAAAAAUGGGGUUUUCUCUUCUUUAAAAACAAAAAUGCCCCGUAAGCAUUUUCUGCUGAUGACCGCCUUAAGCAUUCUUAGUUGUGCUGUCAAUCAAAAGGCAGGUCUUUGCUUGAAGACUUGAGAACUUGUUUUCCUGAGCAAGCUAGGCCUUCCUCCCAUGCAGGCAACAGCUCAUCCACAUAAGUUCACGCCAUUCCUCCUCAACUCCCUGCCACAGCCCCACCUCUUAAGCUGACCCGCCUCUUCCAGCCAAGCAGAUUACAAUCUUUAAUGAUGUGUGCUCGAAGCUUGUCCACCUUAACUCUUGUCCACCCGAAUACCCCAGAAAUUCUCUGGAAACCUCCACUCUCUUCAGCCUUCUCCAGAAGCCCUUGGGAUUCGAAACUUUCACAUGUAAAAUUUUACUAAGAAAACAUCAACAACUCAUUUGUUUGUGCUCAGCCAAGAAACUGUGAACAAACUGAGUCACCGUGUAUUAAUUACCCUGAGGUGAUAAGGUGGCUGUCACAGAAGUGGCUGGCAGAAGAGAAUUGCAAUGCUAUUACUAAAAUAAUGUUCUAUGAAGAAAAAGUGUACAGUCUUCUAGAAACGUACUUUCAGAAAGCCAUGCUUAAUAACAUAGAAAAUUAUAUAGGAAGGCCAAACAUAAAACAUGGUUUAGAAUUUUAUUAUAUGGACAUGUUUAUUAUUUAUGCUGACAUGUCCUUAACUUUCUAAACCUAGGAACCGUCUAUAAUUAAACUAAUACCAGUAGAAUCUAGUUCUUCCUACUUGAUGAGGUUCUGAGGAGAAAAUUCAAUAUUGAUCUUCCCAUCCCACAUGGAAAGGCUUUGCUGGAGGAAUGCAAUUAGGGUGACGUGGGUAACUAUAUAUAGUGUCGUUUUAGAAUAAGCAACUUCAGUGAUUCUUUAGUCUGUGGCCAAACAGCAUCUGUAAUGAGUAGGAAAGUUGUGAAAUAUGCAAAUUAUCUGCUUUCCCCUGAGGACCCCCCCCCCAGCCCUCUGUAAAUCAGAGAUGCCAGGAGUAAGCUCCUCACUGUGGGAUUUAACAAGCUCUUUGGGUUGUUUUAAUUCGUGCUGCAAUUCAAAACCAUUGAUCCAGUCAGCGCUUUGCAUGGCUUCUUAGAAUGAUCAGUGUCACCCCAUAUUUAACUCUCCUCUCUCCAGAAUGAAGCUUUUAGGAUUAAAUGGCAGCCUGCCUGUCAGUACCAUCGACUCAAACAUGUGGGUUGAGAAGUUUAUAAUCCAGAUUUAGAAUUCCAUUUGAAGGAAAACUAACCUCACAACUGGUUUGUUGUUGUUGUUUUGUUGUUUUCUUUUAAUGGGACUUCAAGAAGAUUCUCUCCCUUGAAUCUUUCUAGAUCUUUUAAAAUAUAACUGUUUAUGUAAUGUACUUUACCUGACCAUCCCAGGGUCCAGAAAACAGUCUAGGAAACCUAUCUCACUGUUGAAUAAUUAGCUCUGGCUCUUAUCCUUCAUGGCAAACAGUUUUGUAGCAGUCCUGAGUCCCGCUGAAGUAGUGUCUUCUGGAGGAGUAGGUGUGUAUGGAGAGACAGUGACUGCUGGUCAGAGUUUGGGGAGCUGGUUCAAAGGAAACGACGGGGCUUUUAAAUCUUGGAAACAGCAAGUGCCAUAGUGGUCACUCUAGGUCUCCUAGGAUCAACCUUCAAGGCUUUCUUGUUGGCAUUGGGGCAAAGCCAGAGUGCCAAAUAUUCAGGUCACUUAUUGGAUAAGAACUCCUUAGAAGACAGGUUGAGAUAGGGAGUUAUCUGAGAAUGUAUGCCCAUGUGUUUGUCUGUCUCUGAAUGCUAACCUGACAUUCUGAAGUACUUAGAAUAUUGACCUGUGUUUGUCCUUCCUUUCAAUCACGAAAAGCAGUUGAAGAAUCUGUGUGCUUCUGUCGGUGGUGGUCAAAGCUUGGGCGCUGCUUGUCCAUUUGUUCCAGCUGGGGGAGCCUUCCCAUUGAUGCCUUCCCUCUAAUGUCCUACUCCCGCCAAACACACCUGACCACUUGCAGCUCCAGCUCAAGCACAGCCCAUUCAUCUCAAUCCUCAUCACUCGCAGCUCCACAUACAUAUUCUUUUACUCAAAAUCUUCUGAGAGAUCACAUCAGCAUAGCAGGCCAUUGCAGUGAUAGGAUGCAAUAUUUGCAGCAGAAAGGACUAUGUCAGGUUCCAUGCAAUUGACUCAAAUCCAUCACUAAGAGUCCAAGCCUUAAUAUCCUCUCUGACCUUUGAAAUGUCACCUUGGAAGCAUCCAUGGUGGAAACUGCCAAUGUGAGCUUGCUGUCCACCUCUCCUCGGUCCACAGUCCAUGCACUGUGCUAUUUGCUCCAGUCCUGAAGCCUUGAAAUAAGCCUGGAUUUGAAUUGCAAAGAGCAGAUAAACGGGUCCAUAAUGAAAGAUCCUUACUAUGUAGUGUAACAAAAAGCCCUGGACAUGAGAAGGUGACAGAUGAUAGUUUUAAAACCAUAAACAAAUUCUCUUGUCAAUAAUCUGUAGUGAUAGGAACAGGUUAGUGAUACAUGUGUCUUUCCCAAAAGCCAUAAUCACCAUCAUUGACACAACUGUUAUUCUAACAGGACUUCCGGGGUUCCUUUGGGAAUUUUUUAUGUGUCAAUGCUCACACCAAGGAAGACAUUCAUGGCUUUCUAGACAAGAGCCAGAAGGAAAAAAAAAAAAAAAAGAUGGCUGUUGUAUAUAUGCACAAAACACAGCUCAUUCCAUGAGGCAGACAAGAUGAGAAAGACUUCUGGUUAGAAACUAAUCCACAAUUGUCACAUGCUUCUGGUGGCUCCUGGUGGCAAAUUUUCCCUACUAGCCCAGUAGGUGACUUAAGGGUAAACUGAAUUCAUCCUGAACCAUUACAAUGGGCAAUCCCUAUAGAAAAGGCCAUCAUAUCUUUGUGCCUAAAAGCUUCUCUACAAAAGAAAUGAGCACAACACCCCCCCCAACCCCUUGUUUCACAGGGCUAAAGAGUAAAGAACAGAAGUUGUACAGAAGUUGUGCUCAGAGUGUAAGGGAUCUAUCACAAGGAAGCUUCAAAGACAAAGAGGUGGGAAAGACAGACAAAAAUUGGACAUGAUCCUAGUACAGGUGAUAUGAGCAAUCCUCACAUUCCUCCAGCUCAGCCUGGAGACUGCUCGUGUGUCUAAGACCGUAUGUUCAAUAACUUCAUCAUACUUGGAAUGCCUUGAGUGGUAGUUAGGUAGUGAUAUACAUGGAAGAGUAACUGAAUCUUUCAGUUUCGAAUCUCUCAGGCCAACCAAUAUAAUCUAUGGCUAUUUUCAGUGUGAAAUCCAUGCAAACAAGUACACGGCCUAUGUUCGUGAUUCUGUGGAGAAACAAAAUGUUUAACAAUCAGAAAGUUUCCAGUGUUUCCGAGUUUUGCAGGAAGCAAAAGUCACCAUGGCCAUGACUGCUAACGGUACUAGAGUUACAAUCAUCAGAAGCGCUGUUGGAACCGCUGUGUAAGAUACCCUCUCCAGCAUCAGUGUAUCAGUACCAUUUGAAUUGAAGUGUCGAUCUGUGCUCCUUAAAUAUUUUUUUCUAUCUGUGGUGGUCUACUGUUAUCCUGCAAUAGUGAUCAUGCCUCAUGUGGCCAGGAAAGGAAGUAGACUCAUUGAAAUAUUAGAAGUAGAGGAAGUUAUUUAUGUUCUUCUGCCAAAGAAAAGUGUUUAAUGAUCUUUAAAAUGUAGAUUAACUUCUUACAUUAUGAAUGUGAUUGUAAGAAAUGCUCACUUCAUCAUCUAUCCUUUGAAAAUUAAUCUUUUUGUGUUUCUAAUGAUCAAGGGAAAUAUUUUAAGCUGAUGUAAUACACAGAAAUGUUAGAAAAAGAAAGCUAGAUUCGAAUUUGAAAACUCAGUGGCACAGUCUUUCCCUCAAAUUCUUGCGUCAUGCUAAGUUGCAUUUGGAGACCUUAAACACACCAACAGUAAUAACAGCUCCAAUCACAUAGAGAAAAAGAAUCGAAACAUUUCUGUUCAUGAACAUUGAGUCGACAGAAAUUACUGUCUAAUUUUCUUGCCCAUCUGCCACAUACACAUGGACUCAAAGGUCUACCAAUGUUGCACAGAAAGUUAACAGGCUGUGUACGCCAAUUUCAUCUGUGCAGUUAGCAAGAACUAGCCAUUAAACUAUAUAUUUAAAUGUUUUGUAAAUAAACUUUUGAUUACUACAGUUUUGUUCAAACUGCUGUCUUUUAAAAUAAUUAGACUUGAUUUGAAUUUUUUUAAAUAAUCUGUUCUAUUAGAUGUUGCGUUAUUGACUGUGAUUCAAUGUACACUCAGCCAUAUUCCUGUGGGAAAUACCAGUCCUAUUGACUUUCUUGGCAUGAGCCAGAAGCUCUUUAGUUUCUCUAAGGACUCUAAGUAUAAAGACAAAAAAAAAAAAAAAAUCAAAAUGAAAUGCUAGUGAAGAAAUAAGAAACCUAUUGUACAAAAUGUAUUUUUAAAAAUCUUAAGAUUCAUGUGAUUUACACUGCCUGUUAAUCUAGUCUCUCUGUGAAAUAACCACAGCAUAUUUGUUAAGAUGGAAACACCAAAUAUUUACAAUCUUUGUAUAGCACCUUGUUAUAAUAUGUGACUUCAAAUGGUAAACAUGUCUAUUGUGAUCAUGUGAGCCCACAGAAGAAUAAGUUCCUGCUGUUAUGUAAAAUCCAGCUCUCAGAAUUCAGAUUCCCUGCAGCUGCUGUACCACCAAUAAACAAGAAUUAAUUGUGAAAAAAAUAAUUUUUAAGUUUAUGAUCACUGUGCAUUUUGUUAAUGAAUUCAGAGAAUUUUAUUUUUACCAGAAAUUCUCUCAGCCAGUAAAUACAACUGCUGAUUUCAACCAUACUA